AUGGCUGACGCUAUGGAUGAAUAUGAGAAAGAAGCUGGAUGUGUCCCUAUCCUCCAUCCAGAGGAGAUCAAGCCCCAGAGUCACUACAACCAUGGCUACACUGAGAAUGUCGGCCGAAAGAGCCACGUGGAUGACUACAGCACCUGGGACAUCGUCAAAGCCACACAGUAUGGCAUCUUUGAGCGCUGCAGAGAGCUGGUGGAGGCGGGAUAUGAUGUGCGUCAGCCAGACAAAGAGAACGUCACACUCCUGCACUGGGCAGCCAUCAAUAACAGGAUAGACCUGGUCAAGUACUACAUAUCUAAGGGUGCCAUUGUGGAUCAGCUUGGAGGAGACCUCAACUCAACGCCCCUGCACUGGGCUACAAGGCAGGGCCACCUCUCCAUGGUGGUGCAGUUGUUGAAGUACGGUGCUGACCCUUCGCUCAUCGACGGCGAGGGCUGUAGCUGUGUCCACCUGGCAGCUCAGUUUGGACACACCUCCAUCGUGGCUUACCUCAUCGCUAAAGGACAGGAUGUGGACAUGAUGGACCAGAAUGGUAUGACUCCUCUGAUGUGGGCAGCUUAUAGAACACACAGUGUGGACCCUACCAGGUUGCUGUUGACGUUUAAUGUGUCAGUGAACCUGGGUGAUAAGUACCAUAAGAAUACAGCGCUCCACUGGGCAGUGCUGGCUGGAAACACCACUGUCAUUAGCCUGCUGCUGGAUGCCAAUGCCAAUGUGGAUGCCCAGAAUAUCAAGGGUGAGACACCACUGGAUUUGGCCAAACAGAGGAAAAAUGUGUGGAUGAUCAACCAUUUACAGGAGGCCCGGCAGGCCAAAGGUUAUGACAGCCCCUCUUACCUGAAGAGACUCAAAAUGGACAAGGAGUUCAGGCAGAAGGUGAUGCUGGGUACACCUUUUGUGGUCAUUUGGUUGGUAGGAUUCAUCGCAGACCUGAACAUUGACUCGUGGCUCAUCAAGGGUCUCAUGUAUGCGGCUGUGUGGCUUGCAGUGCAGUUCCUCUCCAAGUCCUUCUUUGACCACUCCAUGCAUAGUGCACUGCCCUUGGGUAUCUAUUUGGCCACCAAGUUCUGGAUGUACAUCACAUGGUUUUACUGGUUCUGGAAUGAUCUCCCUUUUGUCACCAUUCAUCUGCCAUUCUUACUGAACAGCGUGGCUCUGUUCUACAAUUUUGGCAAGUCUUGGAAGUCUGACCCAGGGAUCAUUAAAGCCUCAGAAGAACAGAAGAAAAAGACUAUUGUUGAGUUGGCAGAGACAGGCAGUCUGGACCUAAGCAUAUUCUGCAGCACCUGCUUGAUACGGAAGCCCAUCAGGUCCAAACACUGUGCUGUGUGCAACAGAUGCAUUGCCAAGUUUGACCACCAUUGUCCAUGGGUGGGCAACUGUGUAGGAAGUGGGAAUCACCGCUACUUCAUGGGCUAUUUGUUCUUCCUGCUCUGCAUGAUCUGCUGGAUGAUGUACGGUUGCAUCUGCUACUGGAGGAUCCACUGCGCGACCAACUACGCCAAGGAUGGCCUGUGGAUUUACAUCACUCAGAUAGCAUCCUGUUCACCCUGGAUGUUCUGGAUGUUCCUCAACAGCAUUUUCCACUUCAUGUGGGUGGCGGUGCUCAUCAUGUGUCAGCUGUACCAGAUCGCUGGCCUUGGGAUCACUACAAAUGAAAGGAUGAAUGCCAGGAGAUAUAAGCACUUUAAAGUCACAGCAACGUCCAUUGAGAGUCCCUUCAAUCAUGGGUGCAUGCGGAAUCUCAUAGACUUCUUUGAAAUCCGCUGCUGUGGUUUGAUUCGACCAGUGGUGGUGGACUGGACCUCGCAGUACACAAUAGAAUACGACCAGACGUCUGGCUCAGGCUACCAGCUGGUGUAGCGCGAAGAGGUCAGAACGAGCGCAUGCCGGAGAGAACGCGAGUGAGCAAGGGUGAGGGAGGGAGAGGAGAGGAGGGGAAGAGGCUUUUUCUCAAAGUUCACAUUGGAGUGCCGCUACUCUGAGAAACGCUCGCCUGGACCAUCUCCUUCACUGAAAGACUUACACUCAGCCAGGACUAGCAUGCUGUUAUGAGAAACAACCACCACUACUAUUACUACAACCAAGCCAACACCACCACUUAACGGCACCAUCACCGGAGCCCUGGUGCUCCCCUCUUUCUCUCCAGACCCCCUCCUCUCUCCUGCCAUAGAUAAAUGCACUGAGGCCAACAGAGCGGGCACAGAGGAGGAAGAGUGAAAUAAGGGAUCUAUACAUUUCAGUACAGGAAGUCAUCACUGCAAACAUA